AUGCUUGACAAAGGACAAAACAGAAGCCAAGACUCAGUCAUUAGUACUCCACUUGACAAAGGACAAAACGGUAGCCAAGACUCAGUCAUUAGCACUCUGCUUGACAAAGGACAAAACGGCAGUCAAGACUCAGUCAUUAGCACUCUGCUUGACAAAGGACAAAACGGCAGUCAAGACUCAGUCAUUAGUACUCUGCCUGACAAAGGACAAAACGGUAGCCAAGACUCAGUCAUUAGCACUCUGCUUGACAAAGGACAAAACAGAAGUCAAGACUCAGUCAUUAGCACUCUGCCUGACAAAGGACAAAACAGAAGCCAAGACUCAGUCAUUAGCACUCUGCUUGACAAAGGACAAAACGGCAGUCAAGACUCAGUCAUUAGUACUAUGCUUGACAAAGGACAAAACAGAAGCCAAGACUCAGUCAUUAGUACUCCACUUGACAAAGGACAAAACGGUAGCCAAGACUCAGUCAUUAGCACUCUGCUUGACAAAGGACAAAACGGCAGUCAAGACUCAGUCAUUAGCACUCUGCUUGACAAAGGACAAAACGGCAGUCAAGACUCAGUCAUUAGUACUCUGCCUGACAAAGGACGAAACGGCAGUCAAGACUCAGUCAUUAGUACUAUGCUUGACAAAGGACAAAACGGCAGUCAAGACUCAGUCAUUAGCACUCUGCUUGACAAAGGACAAAACGGUAGUCAAGACUCGGUCAUUAGUACUGUGCUUGACAAAGGACAAAACAGAAGCCAAGACUCAGUCAUUAGCACUCUGCUUGACAAAGGACAAAACGGCAGUCAAGACUCAGUCAUUAGUACUAUGCUUGACAAAGGACAAAACGGUAGCCAAGACUCGGUCAUUAGCACUCUGCUUGACAAAGGACAAAACAGAAGCCAAGACUCAGUCAUUAGCACUCUGCUUGACAAAGGACAAAACGGUAGUCAAGACUCAGUCAUUAGUACUGUGCUUGACAAAGGACAAAACAGAAGCCAAGACUCAGUCAUUAGCACUCUGCUUGACAAAGGACAAAACGGCAGUCAAGACUCAGUCAUUAGUACUAUGCUUGACAAAGGACAAAACGGUAGCCAAGACUCAGUCAUUAGCACUCUGCUUGACAAAGGACAAAACGGCAGUCAAGACUCAGUCAUUAGCACUCUGCUUGACAAAUGA